GAGCUCUGAACGUCUUUCUGCGUCAGAAAGGUCCGACGGUGACAGACACCUCAGUCUGGAGUCUGAGUGGUAACCAAGGAGACCGCUGGCGGCAAGCCAAGGUCAACAUCCACCCGACCGCAGCCUUCCAGAUGGUGAUGGAGGGAGUCCGAGGCGCCGGCAUCGAGGGCGACAUCGCCAUCGAUGACGUCACCAUCGAGGAGGGCGAGUGUAAAGACCCGCCCCCCAACAGUGAGUAAAUUUCCCUCCUUUUCAGCGCCGCUCAACG